UAUGGAACUUGGAUCUUCUCCAUUACUUGUUUCUUUUAGACCAGUGGCUGCACCAACUAGAUAUCUAGAAGCAUGUACAAAUAAUUCUAGGGCUCUUAAAGAUGAUUUUGAUGUUAGAUGUGUACAAGAAAAAUCUAAUGAUACUUAUUUUAUUAUUCAAUAAGUCAAAGAGAAUGUUUAUAUAAUUAAAUCAGCAGCUAAACCAAAUCAUUACUUAUUUUGCUCAAAUGAUGAUACAAGAAAAUUUUAAGAUGAUUUUGAUGUUAGAACACAUUAAUUUUAAGAAGCAAGAAAUAAUUGGAUUAUUUAAUGUCAUGGAUGGAGUGUAUUCACUAUAAGAUCAGAGACAAAUCCAGAUCAUUUUUUAUUUGUAGCUUCAGAUAAAUCUAAUAAUCAUGGUAAGGAUUUAGAUGUACGUACUUAAAAUAAAGAAAAUGAAAACAAUCAUUGGUAUAUUGUCACUUAACCAAAUUUUACAACUCCAUAUCCUUUAAAACAUCAAUAAAUUAUUGUAACAUUUAAUCCUGCACAUUUACCAUAAAAUUUUAUUACUAUUGGUGAUUCUCAUAAAUCAUUUACAGAUGAUUUUAGUGUCAAUGUUAAAUAAAAUAUUAAUUAAAAUUCUAAAUUUAUACUUGAUAGAGUGACUGGUGAUGCUUUUGCUAUUAGAUCAUUUUUAUUCCCUUCAUUUUACUUAUUUGUUGAUAAUAAAAAGGAACUAAAUCAAUUUCAUGAUUAUGAUGUUAGAUUUCAUCCAAUUAAAGAUCUCAGAAAUAUAUGGUUAAUUGAAUAAGUAGAAGAAUCCGGUCUUUGGACUAUUAGAUCACUAACUAACCCUAAUCAAUACUUAUUUGCAGUUUAAGAUGAACCUUAAAAUAAUUAAACCUUUCCAAUAAGAACUCAUCCAUUCCAAGAAGAUAGAAAUAAGUGGGUCAUUGAUGGAUUAUUAGAAUAUUGA